GAAAUCAAGAGAAUUAGGUCAGUGAGAGGACGACUUUCAUUUUCGAAUUUCAUACUUUCUCUCUUCCCACACACACACUUAUACACCGGACUUUCUCUCUUUGAAAGCGCAACAAAUCUGAAAUUACAUAUGGCUUCAUGUCAUGAACCAUCUGCUUUUAAGAGCCUAUGUGCUCAUCCUUCAACUUUAACUGCAACAUUUGACGUAUCACCCUACUCUUCAGCUUUUCAUCUUCCUAUUCAUCCAGCAUUACUUUCAAAUACACAUUUACUACAUCUCAAUACCUAUAAUCCAACAACCUACGAAUCAACUGAACGGCUCUUUGAGCAAAACAAUAACAAUAGUGAAAAGGCAGAGUCAUGCUCAUCGCGAGACAGUAGUCAUGAUUCAUCAUCCCCGACAUCAACUGGAGGAAGCAGUCGGGAUAACGUCAUUGUCAGAAAUGAAUUGAAACGGAAAAAGGAUCAAGUGAAAGAUGUAGCAUAUUGGGAACGACGACGAAAGAAUAAUGAUGCUGCGAAACGAAGUCGUGAUCAAAGAAGAAUGAAAGAAGAUGAAAUGGCUCAUAGAGCAACAAGUCUAGAACGUGAAAAUAUGUUGCUCCGUGUAGAAUUAGAUCAACUGAGAGCAGAAACUGAUAAGCUAAGAGCACUGAUUUUGACGACACCUACAACGUCUAUUAGUAUUCCAAUUCCUCUACAAUCUUUACCACUUCUCACUGCACAAACGGCUCCAGCUUCAUCAGUGAUAACUACAAGUCAGAUGUAUGCACCUCUUCCAUUAAAAAUUCCAAAGACUCCUUCACCAUCUCUUCUUCGGAGUACAGUGCUAGUCAGCAACUCUUCUAAAACUUGAUCAUUUUUGAAAUAUUACUCUGAAAUUAUGCAUUCAUGUUUGUAAUUAUUGAUUAGUUGAGCCAGUACUCGUAAAACUCGAAAAGAUAUCUGUGAUUUGCAAAGCUAACCGAUGUAAUAAACGUUCAUUCAC